ACUUUGAUUUGAUUUACGAACCUGCGUAGGUUGCGAAACAAUUAUUACUUUAAAAUAUCAUCAACAAUUUGGUUUUUAAUGGUUUUUAAUGAUUCAAUUUAAAAUAGAAAAAAGAUAAAGAUAUAAUGAAAGUUUUAGCCGUCAAACUAUUUAGAAUUACUCUAAUGUUACUAGUGAAAUAUACUGAAUCUGGAAAAUUGUUUAUACUAUUCCUCUUGUUGCUCCUGCCGUCCCAUGAUGCUGGUAGUCCGAUCGAGAGCCCCUAUAUCCACAGAAGGGUUAAACGCCUGUCAAGUCCCUAUUUCGAGAAGGAGAAAACUCUGAGGCUGGCCAAAUAUGUGGUCUCCAUUCGGUCUCGAUCAGUUCACAAAUAUUUUGGGGACAAUCACUUCUGCGCAGGGGUGAUCAUUUCGGAAACCUUCAUCCUAACCGCCGCACACUGCGCCAUGGACCAGCGGAAGAUCUUGCAUCGAAGUCGAGUUUUGAUCGUUGUGGCUGGAACAGUGAAUCGUUUGAAGCACCGGGAGGGCAUCACAAAACAUAUGAAAGUGAAGAAGAUAUUCGUUCCGGAGAAAUUUACAGUAUACAACACGAAUAACAUUGCGCUGAUGUUGCUGGCCAAGAAACUGCCUUCAGAUAACCCGCAUGUGGGUGUGAUCAGUUUGCCCACGGCCAAUCCCAAACCAGGCAUUAACUACACGGUUUUGGGCUGGGGAAGGGUCUUUAAAGGCGGUCCCAUGGCCUCCAACAUCCUGCACAUCGACGUGGAGCUAUUGCCCUGGAAGACCUGUCAUAAGAUACUUCACACAUUUAUGGGAGAAAUGAUGUGUGCCGGAAACCUUAACAACAGCCUCGAUGAGAAUCCGUGUGCCGGUGACACCGGAAGUCCCCUAAUCCUCAACGAUACAGUCUUUGGAUUGGUGAGCUAUCGAAUCGGAUGCGGAUCCACUACAUUACCUUCGGUCUAUACUAACGUCUAUGUACAUAUGGACUGGAUCACAAACAUUAUGCACAAAAAUGAAGGGAAUCGCUUAGUAUAUACUCUAAAUUAUCUUUUAACUACCAUUAUAGGCAUAAUCGUGGAAAAUAAAAUUCUGAACAGUUGUGGAUUUUAUUUGAUCACCAAUUAA